CGGACGGUUGUCGUAAUGACUCUACGCCGACAGGCCGUAAGUUGGUGUCGGGCCCGGGAUGGGGAAGUUUGGACUCCAGUUCAAAGCGACUUUGGAGAAUGUCAGCAAGUUGCGGCCGGACGGAGAGGAUUUCCGCUGGUUCUUGAAGGUGGAGCGGCUGGAAGAAAGAGUCUGAGUAAAUGUUUGAAAUGUCAGAAUUGUGGUGAAGUUUCUGAUAAAUGGCAGUAUGUCACGUUAAUGAACAGUGCCCCACUCAAAGGUGGGAGAGGAAGUGCCAAUAUGAUACAAAAGUGCAAGUUGUGCUCAAGAGAGAACUCCAUUGAUAUUCUGAAGGACACCAUCAAGCCAUAUAAUGCUGAAGACAGUGAAAAAUUUAAGACUAUUGUACAUUUUGAAUGUAGAGGAUUGGAGCCAGUUGACUUUCAACCACAGGCUGGAUUUGCUGCAGAAGGAACAGAGUCUGGAACACAAUUUGGUGAAAUUAAUCUGCUGGAAAAGGAUUGGAAUGAUUAUGAUGAGAAAAUCCAAGAGUCGGUGGGAAUCUAUGAUGUCACUCACAAGUUUGUUAAAAUAUGAACUGUACUCCCAACUGAUAUUUUUCACUCUUCUACUUAAAUGGACAAUUCCCGGAAUCAGCUAAACAGCUUGUCCCCAUUUGGCAUUUGUUUGCCAUUGCAAUAGAUUUGCGACAUCUACCAUGGUCGAACAAGUUUGUUUACAUUAAAAUUAAUCAACAUGGUA